UAAAUAUCGAAUCUUCGAUUCUUGGUCGUUUUAAAAUUCGCCAUAUUGUAAAUGUUUGUUGCGCAGAGAAAAAUCAAGACGUCACAAUAAUUUGUUUUGUGUUAAUAACAAAUCGAGAAAUAAAUAAAGUUUUAAAGUACCACAAUAUAACGAUGGUUAAAUUAAGAGACUUUAAGAAUAAUGGAAAUAAAUAUUUUUAAAGUUUUUUAUUGUAUAUCAGAGGAGCCGGAGGUUCCUUUGUAAAAUGGAGAGACUAUGUUUGGUCAAGAAAGCCAAAAAACCUGACAUUGUCUAUGAGUUAAAGGAAUACCAAAUGAAUUUAAAUGCAACGACAAUGCACAGUUCUUUUUUGAAACCCCCAUUACCUACAGUAUUAAAAAAGGAAAAAAAACUGUUUUUUUAUAUAAACAAAACUUUUUCUCUUCAACGCAAAUCAAACGAUUGUUGGAUCAAGCGCAGUUUACAGACUGCUUUUUUUAUUUCAUUUAUUACUCGAAAUAUGCUUCAAAACCCAGGUCGCCUUGGUUUCUACAUAUUUUUGCUCCUAAUUGCGUUUCACCAUAUUUGUUUGUCGCAGUCGCAAUCCCUUGAAAAUGAUAGUUUACCGGGUAACCGAACAUAUUUCCAUACAAAGUUAAAUGGUUAUGUGAAUGGCACCAAAACUGAAAAGGACUAUAUGGAAAAGUAUAGCAAAUUUGAAAAUAGUGUUGCUGCUGUUCUGAUAAAAGUUGCUUAUGGCACUACAUCUACAACAAAACGAAGUAUCCCAGAAAAUAAUUAUGGAUUAAGCCUUACCACCGUGGCAACACCAUUUUUGACUACUCAAAGGUACAAUUCUGUACACCAGCAACAUGGAGUCAAUGGUCGGCAAAGAAACUAUGAACUAGAUUUGGAAAGAGAUCAUGCAUUACCAACUUCGGCCCCCAAUGCUGACAUACUAAAAAGUAAUAACAAUCCAACUUACCCAAAUCCAAAUCGUCAUCAUUCUCAUGAAAGAGAUCGACACCGAAAUAAUUUGCAGUAUAAUUCUACACCAAAUCCCUUAAUCCCAAACAUUAUAAAAAAAGUAAAUGGAGGGCAACCUCCUACAAUACCAAUGUACCCAGGAGAUAUCCCCUCAUAUUCUCCACCUUCGAGAACAUUUUUCACACCACCACUGCCACCUGAGUAUCAAAAUCCAUUUGCUGACAAGCCAACUUUGCGAGGCUCUAAUAAUGAAGGACUUUUAACAAUCAACAGACGACCAAUUCCACCUCCCAGCCUAAUGCCCAGUCAAGACAGAAUACCCAUACGACCUCCGGAAUUGUCUGGAAACAGUAACGAUCUAAUUUUACCUUCAUUAGAGGAUGCCAGCUACGUAAACGGUGGCUUUAAUAAUAAAAAAUCGUAUUCUUCUAACGGUGAAUUUGGUACAGCGCCAGAUGUGAACGGAUUAGAUAAAAAAAACAAUCUUAAUACACCAGCACGUGCAAGCAGUGAAGAAUUGGUAAAUCAAAAGGUUCUUAAUACAAGGGGAUCAGAGUCCCAAAAGCAAGAUUCUCUGAACCCUAUUAAAAAGCAGGAAGUUUUGCCAAAUAUAAAACGUAUUCUUGGAUCAAAUGGAAAUAAUGGGGAUAUACCUGCGGUUUUGUUAAAGCAAGUAACGCAGCGUCCCAAUCCAAGCAUUCGUCAACCGCCAUCUUCUCCAAUUGUACUGAUCGAAAAGACUUUAAAAAAGGAUGAUCAUUUCGGUGGUGAUCACGCCUCAGGUGCUAGUCAAAAUAUAAAUCAGAGCAAAAAUGUACCUGGACACUUUGACUUUUACGACAAGGCAAACCAAAGCACAGGUACCACGCCAUCGGCAGAAGCAGCGAUUGGAGAUGCGUCAGCCACUUCAUUAUCAUACGCCACUACAAAUGCAGGAGAUUUAGAAAAGACUUCAAAAAUCAGUACUGAGAAGGUGUCGGAGGCGAGCAGUGGAAACCGUGAUCGUGGAGCUGCUGCUGCAGCAGCUGCAUCUGCGCAUACCACAUGGACUUGGGCAUGGAACAUACACAUUUAUCUGUCGGUUGUUCUAUUUACCAUCUUAUCUGUAUAUUUGUUUUACAAACUCCUUACAUACAACAAGCUCACACAUUUAUUUACACAAUCUUAUUUUUUGUGUAUCAACCUAACACUUAUUGUUAUAUGUAUAAUGAGAAUAUUUUUUCUUUGCUUCGAUGCUUACAAUAUUCAUGGUACAUUUAAUAUAUUUUCGGCCGAACUAUUGUUAAACCUACCUUCAACCUUUUUAACAGUUGCAUUUUCUGUGUUGAUCUUGUUCCUAUUUUUAAAAUCACUGAAUCAUAAAAACAAUCGAUAUUCAGCUUUAAUAAGACCACUGACUGUCGUUGUGGGUUGCGGAGUGCACGUUUUGCUCUGCUUUACUUUGCAUUACGUAGAAUCUUAUACUUUAAGAAAUCAACAUUUAUACUUUCAACAACAACAGCAGCAACAAUAUUUUCGCCGCCAGCAACAUUAUUAUCAACAAAAUCAAGGUAUCAUACUAGGGACUCCUUCCACUCUGGCCAGCUUAGCUCAGCCUCCCCGUGUCUUGACUCUUAUCUGUCAGAUAAUUUACAUAUUUAUAUGCCUCAGUUUGGGAUUCUUAUACUUGUAUUUAUACCGUAUUUUGAAACGCAUUCUUCGCAGUAAAUCCCAAAACUAUAUUCAUGGCUAUCAAAAUCUGUCCUAUGCCAUACACAUCACAAUUGCAACAGCUUUGUUGUUUGUACUUAUGGCAGGAUUACAAAUAUUUGGGGCGAUAUGCAUAUCGACAUCCCGUCAAACUAACAUAUUUGAUGUCGAUUGGCUUCAAUGGGGUUAUCAAUUUUCCUUGCGUCUUCUUGAAAUUUCAUUAAUAGCACUUAUAUCAUGGGUAACUGGACUUAAAACAAAUGUCGGACAUAAUUCUCAAAAUGUCGCAAACGGCGAAGCUCGCGUGGCUGGUGGUAAUGUGUCGGCAAUGGGUGCAUACGGCCAGACGGAAAAUUCUACAAACAAUGUUAUCCGAGAGAAAAAUAUUGGCAACGGAAUUGGAAACCACAACUCAAAUGUUACGAACUUCUUUUUGCCAUGCACGUCUAGUUCUAGCCAAGAGCACUUUGAAACAGACUACCCGGCUAUUUGUAACACAAAUACUAAUCUUCAUACUUAUACUAUGCGCACAGGGAAACUUAUUUACGACGAUAGCUACGCGCUUAAUACCAUUGGGUCAGUUCCAGGCACAUCUUCGCACGGAUAUCAACUACAGGAGCCAAUGUAUCAAAGGCCUUAUGAUACAGGAUCCAUUUGUAGUACUAUUAACAGUCAGAAUAUAGUGGAGUAUGCAUCUCAAACUACACAAAACUAUCAUCAUCACAAAGAUCAGCAACAUCAAAAGCGUUUUCAAGAACCAGCGGUUUAUAUUAGUAAAGACUGUUUAACCGAUUCUACCCCAGACCACUAUGAGAACCCAAAUUUUAAUUUACGUACAACAUCCACAAGUGUCACCAUACAAAAUAAAAAUAGUGAUCAAAAUUCAGUUGGUGCACCAUCAUUUUCCGCAUCUAAAUUUUCCCAGCAACAAGUAUUAUUGGAAAGCGAUAACUAUUCGGAACCACUUAAAGAGGAAAACGCAAGGUAUGAUUUCAACACUUUCGAGCGACCUGUUUUUAAAGAUAAAUGCCUUAAGAUUGUUCAAUCUAACAUAGAAUGCAGAGAGGAGCGUGACCACAACAAUGGGGGUGAACAAAAUCUUAACAGCAUACUGGAAUGUAAAAAUUUUGAAGAUAAAACUUCCGUACAUCGCCCUGGGAAUGGGCGAUGGGCUGUUAGCUAUAAUGCAUACGAUCGGGGAACUUUUAAUGGCAUAAGAAAAAGUGGUACAUUAAAUAGUAUUGCUAAUGGUGGUAGUGGAGUAGCUCUAGUCGCAGUGUCCCACGUCUUAGAUUCGCCAAUUGCUAUAGCUGGUACUCAACAGAUAACAAGUACUGGUGCCAAGACGAUAACCACUUCAAAUAGAGAUAGAAGCCACUAUUAUCAAAAAGCUCGUCAGGGUAACGACAGAACGUGUGGUAAUGAGUUUUUUAAAAUUGCGUCUCGCAACCAGAACCAACUACAAGAACUACCUUAUGAUCAUGAUUCGGAAGAUGAGGAGGAAGACGACAUAACAUCAGAAAGUAAUGUUGAGUGUACAAACUUAAUAAGUAAUGAAAACGGCGCUGUAUUUACUGCGGAAUUGAAUACACAAAAUGCUCAUUGCGCUAACGGGAAAUCUUCAGGGAUAAAUUCUGCUCCUGUUCGAAAUUUUUCCCAUGACCCCCUUUCACAUUCGUAUGUUCACGGACACAUACCGCUUAAAAAUAGUAAACUUUGCUCAGAAUUGAGCACAAUUUCAUCAGCUUCAGUUGCGUCUGUCUCUUCCAAUUCGUGCGCAACUUCUAGUGCUUCAGAUAGCAUGUUAGUAACAGAUCAAGGAUUUCUGCGUUUUCGUUCAAUAGAAGAUUCGAAAGGCGCUCAAAAUGAUUUAGAGGCAAAAGAUAGACAGACGUCUCAUCGCCACACAACUUGCAGUGCAACAGUGAACGGCAUUGAUUGCUAAAAUUUUAUCUUAAUGGAGACUCACACAUAGCUUCGGCAUAAAUCAUCUUUUUAUAAACUGCUACCAAAUCAAUGUUUCUUAACAGCAAUUGUCCGUUUAUGCCAAUAACAGUAGGUAACCGCCCCACUUUCUACUAUCUACAGAUAUGUGAUAUACAUAGGAAUAAAUGAAACUUAGCGAACUUAAGCUAAAUUAAAUAUUCACAUAUAAACAUUUUUACGAUAUGUCAGGAAAAAUGUACAUUGAUCCCCUUAAAAAUUAUCGUAUAUUUCGUAACAAAAAUACUUAAUUUAAUAUAAAUAUAUUAAACAUUUUUAAAUUAAGCGUCUCUGCUAAUAAUUUCUUUAAAUAAGUGAUAUCCGAAACAAUUUUUCUUACUGCAAAUCAAUGAACAUUAUAAACAAAUAUAUUAUAUUAAGUCUAACAAACAUAAAAAUUGCAUAUUUCAUCCGCCCGCUUGUUUAUUUACUUAGUAAAUAUGUAUAUACCAAAAGAAUGGCUAUUGUCGUCAUUGUUUUCUAAAGUUGCACAAUAAGUAAUUUUCACGAUUUUUAGAACUACAUUUAAAUUUAUUACAUUCUGUUUUCCCGUUUUUACAUUUAUAUUGAAUUGCGUAGUUCUGUGUAAUGCAUAAAUUCAAUGGCCUCAUGAAAAUGUAAGAAACAUCAACUAACAUAUUCAAAUCAAAAUACUUUAUUAUUUACAAAAAAAUCCAUUUCUAUUGUACGGAAAAGAAUAAACGAAUUAGGGUUUGUUAAACACAUUUGUAAAUAAUCAAUACAUAUAAAAACGAACACCGAAGUACAUAAUACAGCAAAUGCGCUUGCGCUUUGUUUGCUUCAUCUAGGCCACAAAAUAUACGUUUUUAAACAAGUUUAGGAAUAAGAAAAUUUAUAUGCUUUUAAUACGGAAUAAAUAGCCUGUUAAAAUAACACGUUAAUAUAUAGUACUGAUUAGUUAAGGCUUUUGCAUUUUUCUAUUGUUAAAAACAUGUAUUCUAAAGAUAAUUAAUAUUAUAAGAGUAAAACUUAAAUUAAUAAUUGUAUGGUUAAAAAUUAUAAUGAAGCAUAUUAAAGCACCUAAUCAUCAAUCAUUAAAUGGAGUGUCAUGGUUGAAAUCCUUCAUAUGAAUUAUUAUAAUAAAUAAAUGUAUGUACGCUCUAUUUGUAAGUACUACCGAAAGUCUUUCUGAAUUAUUACUCUACUUUGAACACAUUGAUAGAGACGAGGAGUACACAUCUUUUCAAAUGUAACUAGUUUUAAUAUCCUAGCCAGGAAAAAUAAAUUAAAAAUACACAAUUA